UAUAGAUGUCAGUGAUCAGACCGGUGUAUCGUUCUGGCAACUCUGGUUCUCGGUUUUAGUGUAGUGUUUAGUGGUGUGCAUAUACCGAUUGUCAUAUUGUAGUGUUCAUAUUCUCGUGUGAUAACGUCUAAUUAAGAAGACAAAUAUGUCUCUUCUAUACUAUUUACCGCCCGAAAUAUUGCUAAUAAUUUUCGAUUUAUGUGAUAUAUAUACUUUACUACAGCUCAGAAGAGUAUGCAAAAAUUUUGAUGUAAUAUCAACAGAGAUCUUAAAUAAAAAAAGUAACCAUUUGCUUGCUACGAAUCAGAUAUCGAAAAAAUUUCGUGAACGAUGUAAACCACUAUUAUCUACGUAUAGAUCUAAAUUUGUUACGCAUUACAACUGGCAAUGGGAAAGAUUUGGAAAAAAGAACAUUUUUCCAUUACAAACAAAUUUCAUAAAAAGAAUUGAGAGGCAUGACAAUGAACGAAAAUUGUCUAAAAAUGACUAGAAAUACAAUUUGGCUUUAUGACAAAAAUAAACUUCUAGCUUUUAAUCGUGCAAAGAACGGUAACAUUAGCCGUAAAAACGUGAUUCGUGCAACUUGUGACCGUCAAUUUUCAAGCAUUGCUUAUUGCAAUGAUAUAAUUAUAAGCGGCCACGUAGAUGGUAGUAUUAGACAUUGGAGAAUUGAAUCGCGGAAUAACAUUAAUAAUAUUCAACAAUUAAAAGUACAUUCCAAUGUAUAUGAUGAAUACGUUUCGAACAUAGAAGUAACCUCGCAACAUAUUAUAUCAAGUUCUUCAAAUUUAAUAAAACUACAAAAAAAUACAUUUGAAAAUAAUGCGGAAGAAAAGGAAACAAUUUAUUGGAAAGGCAGGAAAUUAAUUCGGUCAAUUUCAUUAAACCCUACAGAAACAAAAGUUGCUGCUAGUGCCGAACAAUGGUUUCUAAUUUAUGAUAUUAACAAAAAUUGUCAGGUAAUGGAUAAAUGUAUAGAUGGUAAUACAUGUUACCAACUACUAUGGCAAGAUACUCACACUAUUCUCAUGCUGUAUGAAUCAUAUAUUAAACAAAUGGAUACAAGUUAUAUUCGUUACUCUAAUUUUAGAACAUCCAAAUUUGUACGUACAUGGGAUGCUUCUGUCCUAGAUAACAUAUGGUGUGAUUUAAGUAGGAAUUUAUUAAGUCUCCGUUCAGAUUAUUUGUAUACUUUUAUGACAGGGACGGAAGAUAAUACAGUAAUUCUAUGGGAUCAAAGAUUAAACGUUUUGUAUAAAUUCUGAUAUUAAUUCUCGAUCCUGUAUUUUUUGUGGAAUUUGAUAGCACCCAUAUAUAUGCUAUUACAAAUCAACUUGGUGUGGUUGAACUUGAUUUUCAGCUAGGCUAUUAUAGCGCUUCAAGGACGUAUUUUAGGACGUAUUUUAGCCAAUUUACUUAAAUAAAAAAAGUUGAUUAACAAUUUUUCUUCUAUUAUACUUUGAUUGUUUACAUAAAUUAUAUA